AUGGCUUUCUUCGGCGGAAAUACUGCUCAGUCUGGCCCCUCCGCCGCUGCCAACGCAAACAACCAAGGCGACUUAAGCAAAGAUAUAGAGCUCUCAUCGCCGCCAGAGGAUAGUGUCUCCGACAUCUCGUUUUCUUCGCAGUCGGAACACUUAGCUGUUGCGAGUUGGGACAAGAAGGUUAGAAUAUACGAAAUUUCUGAUACUGGGAGCUCCGUUGGAAAGGCCGCGUACGAUCAUGAAGGUCCUGUGCUAUCGGUAGUUUGGUCUAAAGACGGAUCGAAAGUUAUUUCUGGAGGUGCAGACAAAGCAGCUCGCAUGUACGACCUCCAAUCUGGCGUGAGCACCCAGGUAGCAGUCCAUGAUCAGCCUAUUCGAGCUUGUCGUUUCAUCCAGCCACCGAACGGAGCGGAAAUGUUGGUAACGGGGUCUUGGGACAAGAGCUUGAAGUAUUGGGAUUUAAGACAACAAGCACCUGUGGCUACAUUGCAAUUAUCUGAGAGGGUUUAUACUCUAGAUGUCGCGCAGAGCUUGAUGGUUGUUGGGUUAGCUGAGAAGCAGAUUGAAAUUGUCAAUCUUGCGAAUCCUACUGCGAUCUGGAAGACAAUCCCAAGCCCGUUGAAAUGGCAGACUAGGGUUGUGAGCUGCUUUCCAGAUGCAACCGGAUUUGCGGUAGGGAGUAUCGAGGGAAGAUGUGCGAUUCAGUAUGUGGACGAGAAGCAAUCAAACAUGAAUUUCUCUUUUAAAUGUCACCGGGAAGCCCCCGUCGGCUCUCCCAUGGCCAACGUCAACGUUUUCUCCGUAAACGCCAUUUCUUUCCAUCCAACAUACGGCACAUUCUCAACUGCCGGUUCAGAUGGAACUUUUCAUUUCUGGGACAAGGACGCAAAGCAUCGUCUCAAAGGCUAUCCUUCUGUCAAUGGAACGAUCCCUGCCACCGCAUUCAAUAGAAAUGGCUCCAUAUUCGCCUACGCUAUAUCUUAUGAUUGGAGCAAAGGUCAUCAAUCUAACAACCCGCAAUACCCAAUUAAGGUCAUGCUUCAUCCUAUUAAGGACGAUGAAGCAAAGCCGAAACCAGUUGUCAAGAAGCGUUAA